AUGUGCCGCCCCACCACCUGUCCUACAUGCCAGAAAACUACCUGGAUGGGAUGUGGCCGUCAUGUUCCCUCCGUGAUGGACGCGAUCGAUGCCUCGCAGUGGUGCGAGUGUAAACCGCAGGUUGAGAAGGAGGGGAAGAUGUAUCCUCCUGGGCCGAAAUGA